ACCCUCAUCUUCUACCCCAUGUCCGCCCUCCUUGCCAUCUUCUGCAACAUUCUCCAAAACCCCUCCGACCCCCAAGCCACCAAAGACCUGGGCCUGCUCAAAAUAGCCAUGAGCAUGAUGGAACGGGUGUUCCUGCGCCAACCGUCCUCCGUCAACGAGAUCGUGCACAUCAAAAUGGUGGCGGAUUUCGUGGCCGAGUUGUAUAGACUUGCGAGUUGUGCGAUUGAAAAGGCGUGGAAUGAACGUUCGGCAUAG